AUGACAGAGGGCCAUUCCAGAGAUGCCAAAGAAGGGCCGACUCGGAGCAACGACUUUUCCGAUAUUGUUCAUGGCGAAGACAUCGAGUUCCGAGGAUCCCGACACUCGGCCAUCUCGAAAUUCCACAGAAUCAGCAUCUUGGGCAAGUUACGGCCGCCCAACUUUAUCAAGAACAUGUCUGAGACACAGUUGAUAACCAUAGCUGGAGCGUCCUCGGGAUUUUUGGCAGGCAUAGUUGUUUGCCCACUAGACGUGGUGAAAACUCGAGUUCAGGCGCUGGGGACGAACAGUCGGUAUCAGGGAUUCAUUGGGGCAUUCAAGACGAUCGCAAAGGAAGAAGGCAUCCGGGGUCUUUACCGAGGUGUGGUUCCUGUUAUGGUGGGAUAUUUGCCUACAUGGGCCAUUUACUUCAGCGUCUACGAACGCGCUAAGCAUUUCUACCCAGACUUCUUCAAGAAGCAUUUCGGGCUCAAUGUGGACUGGCUCAACCACUUUGCGGCGUCCAUGACUGCUGGUGCAUCAUCUUCAUUUCUUGUGAACCCUGUUUGGGUCGUGAAAACCCGACUCAUGAUUCAAACAGGAAGCGAAAAGGUGUACUAUAAUGGCACCAUCGAUGCGUUCCGCAAGAUGUACGCGAAUGAAGGUUUCAAGGUAUUCUAUAGUGGAUUUGUUCCAUCACUCUUUGGACUUAUCCACGUAGGUAUCCACUUCCCUGUCUACGAAGCAUUGAAAAAGACACUUCAUGUCAAUAACAUGGAUGAGACAUCACAUCUAGACGAGUUUAGGCUUUGGAGAUUAAUCGUGGCGUCUGCAUUUUCCAAAAUGAUAGCAAGCACUAUCACAUAUCCGCAUGAAAUCCUACGAACCCGAAUGCAAAUGCAAACGACUCGAAAGCGCACAUUGGUUGGUGAGGUGGGAGAUAUUUAUAAGAAGGAAGGACUCCGAGGCUUUUAUGCUGGGUACAUGACGAAUUUGGCCCGAACAGUGCCAGCGUCUGCCGUGACGUUGGUGAGUUUUGAAUACAUCAAGACAUAUUUAUUAGAGAUCAGCGGGAAGAUGCCACUGCAUUAG